AUGGCCUUACAUAAUUAUAGGUCGACCCCCGAGGCCCUACUUGAAGCACCAAUAUGCAGUCACCCUAUCCCAGAUGCAUCCGGGAAUCUCGCUGUAUACACACAGCGGAAUUACUCAUUUCGCUCGCACAGCGAGCUUGGACAAAUUCGAGUGCGGGAAAUGAACACUCGGCGAUCCUGGGCUAUCACCGACAACCCUCAUGCCAAUUAUGCGGGAUGGCUCGGCAACAGCGAGCAACUCAUCUGGCUGGAGGCCAUGGACAAUGGGUCCACCCGCUUUGUUGUUAGGGAUGCUCGUCUUCGAAGGGCACAAUAUGUGGUGGGAACUGUUCCUGGGCCAAUCCAGAACCUCAAAGUAGGAUUUAUUACUUUUAAGGAGGACUCUGACGAUGAUUUAUCUUUUGCAGUUGUUGGCCAGGCCAAUACAGAUGGGACACUUUUCAAUCCUGUUGAUAGGAUACGUGCCCCUAUUCCCAGCCAACCACAAACUGCACUCCCUGGGCGCAGUGCACAUCGUCCCAAGAAUGUGAUUUGGUUCGGAGAACUCGUGCGUCCUUCGCAGGCCCCGGAGGGUCAAUAUACAAUGACACCUAUGACGAACUUGAUGGAAUACUUCAAGCUCGGAGAUGUUGAGUUAAGUGGGUCAUUAGAUGAAGACUCUUUGGACUUUUUCAAAGAUACUUAUCAUAUCGCGUUUGUCGCCAAAGACCCUGAGUCCGACCAAUCAACACAUACAGCCUCAUCGUGUUACUUGUGUCCCAUGAUCGGUUGGGAUGGCUCACUUCCAACAGAUGAAUACUACCAUGCUUGGCGAUACCGUGGCUUGGGAGGUGCUAUCUGCUCCCCCACUGUAAAUGAGGGAGGGACCGUGGCCCUCUUGUGCAAGAAGGAGGAUGGUUACGCCGGUGAUAAAAAUCGAAUUGUAGUGGUGACAAAUUUCCAGACAGGGGAAAGCAAAGAGAUAUUUGCGUCCGCUGAUGGCAGGGGACAAUGGAAUCUUAGCCCGUCGGCAAUUUCAUAUGCCUCUAACGGAUCUCUACUGGUCCAGGUUGAUGAAGAAGGACGUCAAGUACUCUACCAUCUCAACCUGGAAGUUUGGCCAAACGAACCGUCUCCAGCCGACUUGAAGUUAUUUGACAAUCUUAUUCCGUUUGGUUCUGUCACAGGCUUCACACUCCUGCCUGGGAAAUCAAAACGGGUUCUAGUGUCUUGCGACAGCUUUAUUAGCAGUAACCAAUUGGUCAUUAAAGAUAUACCGACCCAAAGUUCUCGCAGUUUGCCCAUACAAAAUUCCAGUGGAAAGGACUUUGGUCUUUCAAGAAGCCAAGUUGACCAGAUACGGCUUCCGGGUGACGAACAGCGUGAGAUCCACGCAUGGGUUAUCAAGCCAUCAUACUUCAAUCCAAAGCAGAAGUACCCCCUGCUCUAUAUUAUCCAUGAUGGUCCGCAACAAAGCUGGAGAGAAGGCUGGGACCUGCGUUGCCAUCUCGCACUUCUUGCCGAGCACGGCUACAUCGUCGUGGCGCCAAAUCCCACCGGAAGUACGGGCUACGGACAUGACUUUACCGAUGCCAUACAAGGCUCGUGGGCUGGAAAGCCGUAUUCGGACCUAGAAAAAGGCUUUGAUUAUAUCUGCUGGUCCCUCGACUACGUCGACACCGAGCGUGCGGUGGCGCUCGGUCUCGGUUACGGAGGCUACAUGGUCAACUGGAUGCAAGGUCACGAGCCGCAGGUUUAA